AUGGCUGCACUCCUACGUGUGAACACCAGGCUCCCAUGGGCAGCACGGCGUCUGCAGACUCUCUCGCCCUCGCGCCAUCGUUCGACCCCGGCCUCCGACCUCCCCUUGGCCGGCAUCACAGUCGUGAGCCUCGAACAGGCGCUCGCGGCCCCCCUGUGCACCCGCCACCUCGCCGACCAAGGCGCGCGCGUCAUCAAGGUCGAGCGUCCCGGCGUCGGCGACUUUGCCCGCGCCUACGACACGCGCGUCAAGGGCCAGUCGUCGCACUUCAUCUGGGCGAACCGCGGCAAGGAGAGCCUCGCCCUGGACCUCAAGGUCGCCAGGGACCUCGACGUGCUGAAGACACUCGUCCGCCGCGCCGACGUCCUCGUGCAGAACCUGGCCCCUGGCGCCAGCGCCCGGCUCGGCCUCAGCUUUGACGCGCUGCGCGGAGAGAACCCAGGGCUCAUCGUGUGCGACAUUUCAGGGUAUGGCGCCGACGGGCCCUACCGCGGCAAGAAGGCGUACGACCUGCUGGUCCAGAGCGAGGCUGGCGUGCUGUCCGUCACGGGCACCCAGGACGAGCGUGUCAAGGUCGGCAUCUCGCUCGCCGACAUAGCGGCGGGGAUCUAUGCGCACGCGAACAUACUGACGGCGCUCAUCAAGCGCGGAAAGACUGGUUUGGGUUCGCGAAUCGACAUUUCCAUGCUCGAGAGCAUGGUCGAGUGGAUGGGCUUUCCGAUGUACUACACAUACGACGGUGCCCUCCCCCGCUUGCGCGUAGCCAACCGUGACGAACUGAGGGACAUCAUAUGCCGAGCGUUUGCGCAGCUGACCACGGAGGAAGUACUCGCAAAGCUGGAUGAAGCCGCCAUUGCCAACGCCAAGAUCAAUGAGCUCCACGACGUAUGGGAGCACCCACAGCUGAAGGCACGCAACCGGUGGACGGAGAUCGACACAGAUGCCGGACGGGUGCCGGCGCUCAUCCCACCAGGCUGUGGACCGGAGAGAGCGUCUUUCGGAAAGGUGCCAGGGCUGGGAGAACACAACAGCAAGAUAUUCGCCGAGCUAGGCCUAUAG